AUGUGGGCGGAAUUAUCCUCCCUGGCUGAGAAAUUCGAUGAUCCCUGGUGUAUUGGUGAGAAUUUCAACAGCAUUCGAAGAAGACAUGAGAGAUUCCCAGUAGGAAGAGCAACAAGGGAUAUGAAUAACUUCAACAAGUUCAUCAGGUUAAACAAUCUGCUGGAAUUUCCACUCUCAAAUGGCCAAUUCACUUGGUCUAGGGAAGGUGAUGUUGCUUCCAAAUCUCUCCUAGACCAUUUUCUUGUAUCAAGCACAUGGGAAGAUGUUUUCGAUAAUUCAAGGGUUGCAAGACAAGCUAGAACCAUGUCAGAUCACUUUCCUCUUACCUUAGAAGCAGGAGCAUUUGAGUGGGGGCCCUCAUCGUUUCGUUUUUGUAACAGUUGGUUGAACAAUAAGGAGUCCUGUAAAUUGAUUGAAAAAUCUCUAAAAAAGAAGGAAAAUCAUCAAUGGGCAGCUACUCUCUCCACAAAUUUGAGAAAAACUAAAUCAGCUCUUAAGAAAUGGUUUCAUGAAUUUGGGAAAGAGAUGAAGUUGAAAGAGGAAAGUUUACUAAAUGAACUUCAAAGAAAAGACUCACUGACAGUAGAUGUUUCUUCACAGAUUAGGGUUGAUGAUGCAUCCUAUUCCUUGAAAGCAGACCUGCUGGCAUUAUACCAACUGGAAGAAAAAAGUCUAAUUCAAAAAUGCAAGUUAAAAUGGUUAAAAGAAGGGGAUGAGAAUACCUCUUUCUUCCAUAGAUUCCUUUCUACUAGAAAAAGAAAAAAUUUGUUUGCAAAAUUGCUCAAUGACCAAGACCUUCCAACCAGAUUCACCCGGGACAUUGAAGAUAUCAUUUUGGGCUUUUACUCCUUAUUGUACUCAAAAAGUGAUGGUCCUCGGGCCAUUCCCUUAACCUUGACUGGUCUAGAGUCUCAAGAAGCCAAAAUGAGCAGCUGGUAG